AUGAGUUCCUCUCAAAGAGUCAUCACAGACAGCAACAAGUCGCCCCUCAUUCAAGUUUUGUCGUUGAUGUUUCUCGUCAUUGCCAUUCUUGCGUGCCUUGUUAGAACCGGCACCAAGCUUCACAUGAUCAAGACGGUGAGAUCUGACGAUGUUCUCAUUAUUGUCGCAACCCUUCUUGCGGCCUGUCAGACAGCCACUGUCUUUAAUGCGUGCGAGCGCGGACUUGGGCAGCAUUUUGAGACGCUCAGUGAUGAUGACCAGGUGGUCUUCUUCAAGAGCCAAUAUGCGACAAAUACCAUGCUCAUCGCUUCAUUACUCUGCUGCAAAUUGUCGGGCACAAUGAGUCUUGGCAUCAUGGCGCAAAAGAGUCAAAAAUGGAUCAUAACCGCCUGUGAAGCCAUCGUCGGAAUCUGGGGUCUCACAGCCCUUGCCGUCAAUUUCUUCCAAUGUCAACCACCCGAGCCAUGGAUGUACGGCGGCAACGACAAGUGCAUCAACCUCGUCGCAUUUUGGACAUAUUACUCGACAGCAAACAUUAUCACAGACCUUGUCAUUGUGGUCAUCAUGGCAGAAAACGUACUCAAGAUCCAAACAUCUUGGUCGAAAAAGAUUCUGGUGAUGAGUGUUUUCGGCAGCCGAAUUUUUGUAACGCCCGCCAUCGCUGCACAGAUCCACUACUCCAACCAGGCCUUUGCUUCCGACGAUCACUCGUUCGCGAUCUGGCCAGCCGCCGUCUCGAUCCAACUGGUACAAUGCCUCGCGAUUCUUACCGUGUGCUUGCCCAACUUUAAGCCCUUCCUCGACAGCUUGGAGUCAGGUCAGAUUCGCGUUGAUGACUUGCGACGACAGGGCAAGUCAAGCAGCGGCGGAUACCCAAGUAACCGACCAGAUUAUGCUGUGGGAAACAGCCGCAAGACAGAUCGCUCACGGUCUCGCGCGCGGACGAGAACGCAGCAUAGCGAGAUUCACGAGAUGGAGGAUUUUAAUGCACGAGGCAAACAAAAUGACAGGAGCUGGGAUGGGCAAAGUCAGUCGAGCCACUCAAGUCAGAAGAUUCUGAUCCAUCAGACGUGGCAGGUAGACGUAGAGAGUACGCAUGAGGGAGGGGCUAGACAAACAUGA